AGAAAAGUCUUUCCAGGACCGGCAGCCUCUCCGAACGUUGCUCAGGGCACUUCGAAGGCGAUAAACCCGGCGAGAGGAAUCUGUUUCUCGGCUCCCGGAAGGCGCUGUGACCGCUCGCGCCCGUACGCCGGCGCACUGAGUACCGCCGGAACCCUGUCUCCCGCGCCCGCGGAACCUUUCUAGCGCUGUGCGGCGCAUUCGUUAUAACGUCACUUCCGUCGGGGCGGAGGAGGAGGGAGAAUAAGGGAAAGACUAGAAGACGAGGUAAGGGAAGAGGGGCGAGAGCCGCUGGGAGCCCAGCCGAGUGGAUUCCGGAGAGGGGCCUUGUGGGGACACCAAGGCUGAGGGAUCAUGGCCUAGGAUGUUGCCUCUCUGAGAGGAAGACUUGCAAAAUGGCAGUUUUUGAUACUCCUCAGGAGGCUUUUGGCGUCUUACGUCCAGUCUGUGUUCAGCUCACAAAGACCCAGACGGUGGAGAACGUGGAACACCUACAGGCACAAUUACGAGCUGUGAGUGACUCUGCCCUUCAGGAACUUCAGCAGUAUGUCCUCUUCCCUUUGCGAUUUACCCUGAAGACCCCAGGUCCCAAAAGAGAGCGCCUGGUCCAGAGCGUGGUGGAAUGUCUCACGUUUGUCCUGUCGUCGACGUGUGUAAAGGAGCAGGAACUUCUCCAGGAGCUCUUUUCAGAACUCUCUGCCUGCCUGUAUUCACCCAACUCCCCUAAACCCGCAGCCAUCUCAGAGGAGCUGAAAUUGGCCGUGACCCGGGGACUCAGUACAUUAAUGCACGCGGCUUACGGGGACAUCAUUCUGACUUUUUAUGAGCCCUGCAUUCUGCCUCGUUUAGGAUUUGCUGUAUCUUUACUGCUAGACCUAGCAGAACAGGAGAAAUCAAAGCAAGUUAAAAUGGCUGCCUUGCAGUGUUUACAGGUUCUCCUCCUUCAGUGCGAUUGUCAGGACCACCCGAGGUCCUUGGAUGAGCGUGAGCAACAGCAGCUGGGGGAUUUGUUUGCUUCCUUCUUACCUGGAAUCUCAACUGCACUGACCAGGGUUAUCACAGGAGACUUUAAACAAGGUCACAGCAUUGUCGUGUCUUCCCUAAGGCUUUUUUACAAGACAGUGGGCCUUAUUAUGGCUGAUGAACAGCUCGGAAGAAUCUCAAAGGUCCAAGCAAAGCCUGCAGUUGAGCAGAGAGUAGCAGAACUGAUGAUUCACAGGGCAGCAGAAUGGGUUAAAAAUGCUGGGGACAAGUUGACUAUCCUUAUUAAAAAGAUAACUGAGUGUGUUUCAGUUCACCCACACUGGAAGGUGAGGCUGGAACUGGUAGAACUUGUCAAGACCCUUCUUUUGAAGUGCAGUCAGUCACUGGUUGAAUCUGCUGGUCCCCUUCUGAAGGCUUUGGUGGGUCUGGUGAACGAUGAGAGUCCUGAAGUCCAAGCCCAGUGCGAUAAAGUUCUGAGACAUUUUGCAGAUCAGAAAGUAGUGGUGGGCAACAGAGCCUUUGCCGACAUCUUGUCAGAAAACCUGUAUUCCCUUGCUACAUCUCUUCCCCGCCUAAUGAACUCCCAAGAUGAUCAAGGAAAAUUCUCUACUCUCUCCUUGUUACUUGGUUAUCUGAAACUGUUGGGGCCAAAAGUAAACUUUAUCCUCAACUCCGUGGCCCAUCUGCAGCGCCUUUCCAAAGCGCUCAUCCAGGUUCUAGAAUUGGACGUGGCUGGCAUCAAAGUUGUUGAAGAGCGGCGUUGGAACUCCGAUGAUCUGAGUGCUUCUCCAGCGGCCUCAGCCGCAGAGCCAUGGAAUCAAAUCCAGAGGAGGUAUUUCCGCUUCUUCACUGAUGAAAGGAUUUUCCUGCUCUUACGGCAAAUCUGUCAGCUUCUUGGUUUUUAUGGGAACCUCUAUUUACUUGUGGAUCACUUCAUGGAGCUGUACCGUGAAUCGGUAGUUUACCGGAAGCAAGCCUCCAUGAUCGUUAAUGAACUGGUUGCAGGGGCUGCUGGGCUGGAGGUGGAGGAUCUUCAUAAAAACCAUAUUCGAACAAGCCCAGAGGAACUGAGAGAGAUCGUGAAAUCCAUACUUGAAGAAUAUAUGAGCCAAGAAAACUGGUAUUUGGUUACCUGUAUUGAAGCUGAGGAAAUGGAAGAGGAGCUAAUGAUGAAGCAGUCAGGCCUCCAGGCCGUCACAGCAGGUGCACACACCUGCCAAGUUACAUCUUUUCCAGCCCUAUCAAAGCCAAGUCCCACUAUCUGCUCUAUGAACAGCAACGUCUGGCAGAUAUGUAUCCAGUUGGAAGGGAUUGGCCACUUUGCAUAUGCACUAGGAAAGGACUUUCGUUUGCUCUUGAUGUCAGCCCUCUAUCCCGUACUAGAGAAGGCUGGAGACCAAACCCUGCUCAUUAGUCAGGCAGCUACCAACGCCAUGAUGGACAUAUGCCAUGCGUGUGGCUAUGAGUCCCUGCAGCACCUGAUCAAUCAAAAUUCAGACUAUUUGGUGAACGGGAUCUCUUUAAAUCUGCGUCACCUGGCUCAGCACCCUCAUACCCCAAAGGUCUUGGAAGUCAUGCUGCGGAACUCUGAUGCUAGCCUGCUUCCUUUGGUGACAGAUGUGGUUCAAGAUGUCUUGGCCACCCUGGACCAAUUUUACGAUAAGAGAGCUACUUCUUUUGUCGGUGUCCUGCACGCCCUGCUGGCAGCAUUGGCCCGGUGGUUCCCAGACACAAGACAACUCCAAGAGCAGAGUUUUGGGAAGGUGGGAAGUCACUUGAGCCAAAGACCAGCAACUCUUGAGAAAGGAUUUGAGAAUACCACGGCCGAAGACAUUGAACAGUUUUUGCUAAACUACCUCAAAGAAAAGGACGUGGCAGAUGGAAAUGUCUCAGAUUUUGAUAAUGAAGAAGAGGAGCCAUCAGUCCCUCCUGAAGUGGAGAGUGACAUGCGUCCUGAUGUGGAGCCACCACUGCCGGUGCAGAUCCAGAUAGCCAAGAACGUGAUGGAGCGCUGCAUCCACUUGUUGUCGGAUAAAAACCUGAAAAUCCGCUUGAAGGUGUUGGAUGUGCUGGAUUUGUGUGUGGUGGUUCUGCACUGCCAUAAGAACCAGCUCCUUCCCUUGGCUCAUCGGGCCUGGCCCUCACUCGUGCACCGACUCACAAAUGAUGACCCCCUGGCAGUGCUCAGAGCCUUCAAGGUUUUGCGUACCCUGGGAGGCAAAUGUGGCGAUUUUCUAAGGAGCCGGUUCUGCAAAGAUGUCCUGCCAAAGCUGGCUGGCUCGCUAGUCACCCAGGCUCCCGUCAGCACCCGAGCUGGGCCAGUUUACUCCCACACGCUGGCCUUCAAGUUGCAGCUAGCCGUCUUGCAGGGCCUGGGCCCCCUCUGCGAGAGUCUGGAUCUAGGUGAGGGUGACCUGAAUAAAGUGGCUGAUGCCUGCUUGAUUUACCUCAGCGCCAAGCAGCCCGUGAAAUUACAAGAGGCUGCCAGGAGGCCCAGAAUCAGUCAUAGUCUUUCAAGCACAAGGGCACGUCCCAAGAAGCUUCUUGUGCCUGGGCAUUCUUAUUCCUUGAAGAACCAACUUAGGGUGAAAAUAGUCACCCCCCAGGUGGUGCCCAUGAAGCUAACUGCUGUACGCCUUAAAGCAGAACUCCGGAACAUAAAAAGCGUUUUCCUCCAUUUGAUGAAGGUAGACCCGGACUCCACCUGGCUCCUCCUGAAUGAACUUUACUGCCCCGAGCAGUUUGCACCUCCUCACCCCAGCCUCUGCCCCGUGCAGCUACAGGGGUCACCGGGGCAGCAGAACCCAUACACAGCCAACGUGCUGCGCCUGCUCAAGGAGCUGCAGUGACGCGCCCCUCCCUGAUUGGGGUGGGCAGAGUCCGGAGGAGGUCGCCUCCCUCUCCUCCCUGCUGGUGCCUCUGAUGUCGGUGUCGCGCUGACCCCACCCCUGGCCUAAGGCAGUGGCAGCGGCUGCAGAGAAGACUGCAAAGGUGGAUUAGACAGCUCAUCGAUAUAUAAAUUGAUCGAUAUAUAAAUAUAUAAACUGCUUAGAAAUUGGAUUGAAGAAAAGUAGCUGACUGUUAUUUAUAUUUCAUACCUGUGUUUUCAAAUGACAUUGUCUGGCAGCUCUAAGGGUUUAACUCCUUAGCUUUCCAUCUCCAGGGCCCUAGUGCACCACGAGGCUGCCCCACAGCCCACUUAGCACACACACACACACCACCAAGCUUAAGGGCUCUAGGGCAGAGUCGUGCACUGCACAGCGCCUGUGUCCUCUGAGCACCUGAGGACCCCCUUCAAAGUAUCGCAGCCCUAAGAGUCUAUGGAAUACUGCCUUGCCAUUGCCAACACACAGAUGGGCCUCCCCCACAAGUGCCCCCUCCCCAAGUAAUGAGGUGGAACUAGUUUGUUGUACCUAACCAAUUUUUGGAAGCAAGUGAAAUAAAGGCAUUUCUUAGAAGGAA